AUAAUAAUUUAUGUAGAAAAAGAAAUAAAAAAAUAAAAUAAACAAGUGAUGGAAAAUAUAGCAAGAUAGAUAAUAAAAAUAAGAAAUGAGCGAUAUGUUGGUGCCAGCACAUUUUGCCGAGGCCCAAAUGGACAUGCUUUAUCAGAUGAAUAAAUAUUAUGGUGAAAGGGUACAAGUUAGAAUAAAUCAAGUACAAAAAACAAUAUGUGAAAUUUGUAAAAUUGUUCAGGAUAUACUUAAAGAAGUUGAAGUACAAGAGCCAAGAUUUAUAUCAUCACUAACAGAGUGUAAUGGUAGAUAUGAAGGAUUAGAAGUAAUAUCACCAGGUGAAUUUGAAGUUGUUCUAUAUUUAAAUCAAAUGGGUGUAUUUAAUUUUGUUGACGACGGCACCCUGCCAGGUUGUGCUGUUCUUAAGUUGAGCGACGGACGAAAACGUUCAAUGUCUUUGUGGGUUGAAUUUAUAACAGCAUCUGGUUAUUUAUCAGCUCGUAAAAUACGUUCACGUUUUCAAACUUUAGUUGCACAAGCAUGUGACAAAUCUGUAUAUCGUGAUUCAGUUAAAAUGAUUGCUGAUACAACUGAAGUUAAAUUACGUAUACGUGAAAGAUAUGUCGUACAAAUAACACCGGCAUUUAAAUGUUCAGGUGUUUGGCCAAGAUCAGCAUCACAUUGGCCAGUAACAACAGAUUCAUGGCCACAUCAGAGUCUUGUUGCACAAGUUAAAACUGAAGGUUUUGAUCUUUUAUCGAAAGAUUGUAUUGCAUUGCAGGGUAAACAGUCAGCAAUGGAAGGUGAUGCAUGGGUAUUGUCAUUUACUGAAGCUGAAACAAGACUACUUUUUGGUGGUUGUCGUUCAAGAUGUUUAAGUAUUUUAAAAACAUUGAGAGAUCGUCAUCUUGAUUUACCUGGUAAUCCAGUUAGUAGCUAUCACAUGAAAACUUUAUUACUUUAUGAAUGUGAAAAACAUCCACUUGAAACAGAAUGGGAUGAUGGCUGUCUAGCCAAUCGUAUUAUUGGUAUUUUUUUACAACUUAUAUCCUGUUUACAAUGUCGCAGAUGUCCACAUUAUUUCCUGCCUAGUCUUGAUCUAUUUAAGGGAAAAUCAACAACUGGACUUGAAGCUGCUGCUAAACAAGUCUGGCGACUGACUAGAGAAUUUCUCACAAAUACCCGAGCACUUGAAAAUUUAUAAGCUUUUUGGUAUAUUUCUAAUCACCGUUAAAACACAAUGAAUAAUAAUUUACAUAAAUUACUAAAUA